AAUUUUGCAUAGUUUCGUAUUCAUCUUAAUACAUUCGAAAUAUUUCAAUAUUUUAGAAUAAACUUUUUUAAUGAUAUUAAUUUAAAAACGAUUUUUAUUUGUCUUAAAUUAAAAUGAAGUAAAAAUAUUAUACAACAUUACAUGAAACCUAUACGAGUGUUGGUGACUUCUGAAGGAUUUGAUCUUAGAUCCUGCCAGCAACUCUCUCUCAUGGAUCUAUUUAGAUAAACACUGCUUUUAUUAUCGGCCCACAGGAAUGGCUUUGAUUACUAAAAUAAGACUGUGCAACAUUGUGACAUUUUUACAGCAAUGUUACACCCCAGGAAAUCCUAUAUUUACCCGACAUUUGUUGUUACCACUUAAUCUAGCCAUGAUAAAAGUGCCGUGUGCAACAAGGGUCACAUUCUAUCAGAUGGACAGAAAGUCUGGUUAUGACAAAAAUGUAGGAAAACAUUCAAAACUGAAAAUGGCCUGGGAAGGAUUGAAACACCUGAAGCCCGAAACUAAAUUAUUUUUGAAUGAAUGGAAAGUGAAACUUGAAAAUGAUCCUUAUUUAAUCAGAGAGCAUUUAGAUCAUUCGUAUUUAUGGAGAUUUAAUUCCAAGAAUGAUACUGACCAGUGGGUCGUGACCUGUGACAGUGACCACAGGCAAGGCAGCAGUACAGCAACAUUUGAAAUCAACAAGAAUGGGAAUGGCUUCUUUCAUGGUAAUCUUUCUACCAAGAUUCCUAAAGAUGGAAUAGUGAAGGAUGCUGGUUAUGUGAAUAUUCGAUCCCCAAGGAAUAUGAAGUCAUUCAAGCGGUUUAUUCCUUAUGAUUGGACCUGGUACACACACUUUGUGAUACGGGUUCGUGGUGAUGGACGGACAUAUAUGCUCAACCUUCAGAUGGAUAUGACCUAUGAUGUCCAUUGGGAUGAUGUCUAUAACUUUGCUUUAUAUACAAGAGGUGGUCCCUACUGGCAGGUAGCUAAGAUACCAAUUUCUCGGUUUUACAGAGCAUACAAGGGUCGAAUCCAGGAUAGACAAGAUCCUUUACCAUUAGACCGUAUUGCUGCCUUCGGAAUAACUCUUGGAGAUGGAAACUCAGGACCAUUUGGUUUAGAGAUUGACUAUAUUGCUGCCAUGUAUGAUAUGAAUCAUACGGAAGAAUUUGCCUGGGAAAUGUACCAAACAGAACCUUAUACUACCAAUGUCUAGAUUAUAUUGAAAUCAUUAAAGUCUUUGUUUUUGUUAUUAAAAUAUCAAAUUUCUCAAGAA